CAUAUGGGCGGAGAUUACUCAAACAAGUGUUAAUGACGAAACUAAAAACCAACGGCUUUAAAUAAGUGGAGUUUUCCGAACCCAACACGAAAAGCCCAUGCAGUGAUUUCUUACUAGCAGCGAGAGGGAGAGAGAGCAUCCGAAUUCCGAGCAUGAGCUCGUCGGCGACAGAGGCGGAAGUUCCUGAUCUGGUGUGCCAGCUCGACAACGUCCAGGGCAUGGUCGAUGCCCUCACCACCGUCCGAUGGAAACGCCACCAGGACGCAGUCUUGGAACUUUCUGAACAUGGCGUCGUUUUGAUCGUGGAGGAAACCGGUUGUCUUCAAGCCAAAGUCUAUAUGCAGCGCGAGCUUUUCAUUCGAUAUGAGUAUGGUGCACAAGGACGGCCUAGGUUUGGAGUGAGCUUGGGCCUCUUGGUGGAUUGCUUGAACACAUUUUCAGUGCCCGGGCGCUCAAGCAUGGUUGAAAUGCGAUAUCCAGGACCAGAUAUGCAGCUCCUCCUCAAGUCCGUUGAUUCCCUGGAUGCAUGCAUUUAUGCAGAGAUCAGGACCAGAAUCCCAGACACAAUAUCAUGGGACUACAAUUUUGAACCUGCAGGAAGUACCCCACUCAGUUUUACUGUUAAGUCUGCAGCAUUGAAGGAAGCUAUUGAUGAUCUCGAAUGGCCUGGAUCAAGUAUCCAGAUCAUGCUACAACCAGUUCCUCCUUCUGUCACCUUCAGAGGUGAAGGCCAUGGGGACUUGCAGAUAGACUUCAUGUAUUAUGCAAAUACUGAUCUCUUGACUGCAUUUAGCUGUGAUCGGCAAGUUUCUUACAGGUAUAAAUACAAGUUCCUUCGAGCAACAACUUCAAAUAUUCCCAGCAGUGUUAUUAAAGAUAACAGAGGAAGCAAGUUGACAAUUGGGCGUGGCGGGAUGCUGAAAGUUCAGCACCUGGUUUCAGUGUCCAGACAAUCCGCUCCUCAUCCACACAUUGAUUCUGCUGGGUAUCAGCAACCCAGCAGAAUCGCUUACAUUGAGUUCUUUGUGAAACCUGAGGAAGAUGAAGACACUGUAAAUGAUUAACAUUUGCAACUGGUUGCACAUUUCAGCUUCUCAAUGAAUCUGAUUGUCUCCUAGCAUAUCUCUUCAUGCUAAUUUUGUCUCUUUAUGCAUGAGAAGGGGACAAGGACAUCUCUAUCAUAGCCGUUCAUAACUUCAUAUUUUGAAUUGUUGUUCAUCAUUCAUUUUUC